CAGCCACAGAGCGAUCCCCCAGCCCGCAAGAGGAAAAAUGAGAGGAGAAAUAUGAUCCAUCUGUCCGGAUAGAGCCGUGACACAGACAGGAGAGACAGAGGGACAGAGAGACAGAGGGACAGAGGGCGGGGAGGCUGGACUGUCCUCCCAGCGGCCGGAGGAGGGUCAGUAGCAGUGUUUCACCAUGAGUGCCCUGCGCCAGAGGAAGGGCUCCAAGGGGAAGGAGGCACCUGUGAGCCCCGAUCUGCACCCACAACAUCCCAACUGCUGCUCCGAACACCCACAGAGGAUAUGGCAUGGUGACUGGUCGUGGGGAUCAAUAAUAUGGAUGUCAGUUGGCUGGUCUGUGUCGGUCGGCCUUGGGCUGUUGUGCUGUAUCUAUGUGGCAACACUGCACGAGAAUGACCUGUGGUUCUCCAAUAUCAAGGAGGUGGAGCGGGAGAUCUCAUUCCGGACCGAGUGUGGACUUUAUUAUUCCUACUACAAGCAAAUGUUACAGGCACCAUCGAUAAGUGGAGGGCUCUCGGAGUUGAUCCAUGACAACUUGACAGAAUCCAAGAGGACCAUUAAUCUCCUCCAGCGAAUGAAUAUCUACCAAGAAGUCUUUCUGAGCGUGCUCUACAGACUGCUGCCCAUACAGUCAUACCUGGAACCGGUGUACUUCUACAUCUACACAGUCUUCUCGCUGCAGGCUGUGUACGUCAUGGCUCUGUACCUCACAGCGUGGCUCCUCUCAGGGUCGUGGAUGGCUGGCGCACUCACCGGGGUCUGGUACAUCCUCAACAGGAUAGAUACCACUCGUGUGGAAUUCACCAUCUCCCUCCGAGAGAACUGGUCUCUGCCCUUUUUCGCUCUUCAAGUCGCCACUAUCACGUGUUAUCUCAGGCCUCAGCUUUCUAUCCUACAACAGAAAGUGAUGGUGUGGCUUAUGUACGUAACCACCUUUUGUUUCUGCUUGACAUGGCAAUUCAAUCAGUUCAUUCUACUUGUUCAAGCUCUCAUCAUUUACACUCUGGAUUGUACAGACUUCCUUUCAACGAAACAGGUGACUACUUUGUAUCUCGUCCAAGUGAGCGGUCUUCUGAGUGUGUGGCUUCUUCAGUUCUGUAACUCCAUGCUUCUUGGAUCACUGGUUCUGAGUUUCAUUGUUGCUGCACUUUUCGUCCGACACUGCCAGUCUGGUUUGAAAACGGGAAGCUUUCUAGUUCGUUUGGGCAAGCUGCUUCUUCACACUGCCAUGGUCCUCCUCCUCACCUUCACCAUCAACUAUCUAGCCAAGAAAGCCCUACAACUCAAGUCCGAUGAGCAUAUCUUUAAAUUCAUCAAGUCAAAGUUUGGCCUUGGAGUGACCAGAGAUUUUGACGCGGGCCUGUACCUGUGUGAAGAGGCGUUUGGAGUUCUGCCCUUGGACACUUUGGACCGCCUGGCUGGGACCCUGCUGCUCUACCCCUAUGUACUUACACUACUGCUGCUUGUAGGGGUCUUCACAGUGACUGCAGUUCAGAACCUCAGCCCGCCAAAAGGAGCGUCUGGCGAGGAGAGGAGACGAGCGGUAGCCUUCCGACCAGAUGUGGCGUACAAUCUUUUGCAUACGAUGUUCUUUGGCCUGCUCGCCUUCAGCACGAUGAGGAUGAAGUAUAUCUGGACGGGUCACAUGUGUGCAGUGGCAGCCUAUGGAGUGUGUGGGACUGAGAUCUGGACUCUGAUUUUCAACACUCUUCGAUGCAACACUAAAUUCCUGUUAAGGCUGGUGACGUGCGCAGUUCCACUAGUGAUGAUGGCGUGCCUGUAUUAUAAGUUCUGGCCCAAACUGAUGGAAGAGCUCUCUGAACUGCGAGAAUUUUAUGACCCAGACACCGUGGAGCUCAUGACCUGGAUAAGCACGAAGACUCCGAGGCGGGCUGUGUUUGCCGGCAGCAUGCAGUUACUCGCGGGCAUCAAGCUGUGCACAGGCAGAGUGCUCACCAACCACCCCCAUUAUGAAGAUAAAGACCUGCGGGAGAGGACCAGGCAGGUCUACCAGGUGUACGCGCGGCGCCCCCCAGAGGAAGUGCAUGAGAUCCUGAGGGCGGUGGGGGCCGACUACGUGGUCCUGGAGAACAGCAUCUGCUACGAGAGAAGGCACAGGAGAGGCUGCAGGCUGCGCGACCUGCUCGACCUGGCCAACGGACAUAUCAUGGACGGACCAGGAGAGAAUGACCCCGACCUGUCUCCGGCCCCCCACCCGCGCUUCUGCGAGGCCAUAAAGACCGACUCUGCGUCCUACAGCGCCCUCUUCACCAGGACCUUCCAGAACAAAACCUUCCAUGUAUACAAACUCAAGAAAAAACGAAAGAAAAACCCCACCAAAACCUCAGAUUCCACCGGCGCUCAAUAACCCAAAUCCCCAUCCGCUUGCUCUGCAUUUCGUUCAUUAUUUUUUGAACAUGAGAUUGCCUGAACUGUAGCGCAAGAGGCUAGCCGGACGGUGGAGAGCUGCGGGCGGCUUUGUUUUGGUCGGUGGAUUGUGCUGGGUUGUAUAGGGGUGGUUCCGUGAGGGUUAGCUCUGUUGUUUCUGAGCCCCGCUCGGCCCGCUGUGUUCCUCCGGGCUGCGCUGUUGUGGGUGAACAAACGCACACAAGAGCAGAAUCAGCUCGGCAUUAGCUGUUAGCCUGGUCAGAGUGGUGCUGGUUGUGUAGGGGGGUGUCAUGGGGGUUAGCUCUGCUGUUUCUAAGCCCCACCCGCCCCACUGUGUUCCUCUGGGCUGCGCUGUUGUCGAUAAACAAACGCAUACAACAGCAGAAAGAGCUAGCCGUUAGCUGUUAGCGUGGUAUUGUUUUGGUGAGUGGAGUGUGCUGGGUUGUAUAGAGAUGAUAACAUGGGGUUUAAAGGUUGUAUGGAGGAUUUUUUUUUGUUUCAAAGCCUUGUAAUUAUGAUGACCAAAAAAAAAGAGAAUAAAAAUUCAUCAACUCUGGACGUGGUUGGGCUAAACAUUUGCCAAUAGAUAACGACACUGCCUCGUUAUCUGUUAGCUGACAGACUGUCAAUCAAACUCCCUACAUUUCUAGCGUAACUGACUUGCCUGCGCGCUGCCGUUACGUGGUUUACGUACGCCUGUCACGCAGUCCACAGACGCUGUUUACUCCACCAACGCAACAGUUCUUAGCGGCUUUUUUGACCUAUGUCUUCCUCGCAGUUAGCACAAAGUUUGUUGCAAUGGCGACAAGAAUCCAGGAGCAGUUAGCCGAAAAAGAAAGUCUGUUUUUGAGAUUGCUGAAAGAAGAAGACAAGGGGAAAAGCAGCGAAGCCAAACUAAGGUGAUUCUUGGAGAUUCAUUCCAGCGAUGGCGCAACUGAAGCAGACGAAGGUCUAAAGACUGACGCAUUGGUCACCAAAUUACUUCUGGACAGGUCACUUCUGCUUAUUAUGAAAACGUACUUUAUUUCCAAGAGUUAGACAAACGUUUUUCAAGACACAAAUGCAAUAUCCUAUGUCUGAAAACGUAAUUUUCAAUGCAAAGAAAGAGUCCGCUUGCUGCUGCGUGUUGUAGUAGUAGCUUCAUUCGCACUGAAUCUCCGCGCACCCUUCUCUGCACCCCUUAAUGCUCCUCUCCCCGCUCCCCGUUUUUCUCUUCCCCCUGCUCCUCACUUCUUCUCCAUGCACGGAAUCUCCGCGCACCACUCCCCUCUCCUCUCUCCUCGCUCCCCUCUCCGCUGUUCCCGCUGCUCCUCACUUCUUUUCCGCGCACGAAAUGUCCAUGCACCCCCUCCCCUCGAUCCACACUUCUCCGCCUUGCCUAACCAACACUGUAGUGUUGGGGGGGAAGGACAAACAGUCGCUGGAUUUCUCGUUCCUUGGAAAAUCCUCUAUACAACCUUUAACUCAGCUAGCCGUUAGCUAUUAGCACGAUUGUAGUUCAGUUUUGGCACAGUGCCAUGAAAUGAAGUGCAAUUUAUAGAGUUAGUGGUAUCACUUUAUAAUAACUACAGUUUAAUUCGCCUUAAUAAAGCAUGAACAAAGGCUAGGGUGGCCAAACGGGGUCAGCCCCAUGUUUCCUCAGUCCUGUGUUCCCUUAUUUCUAAGAUUUUUAUUAUUUCUGUAGUCAACUGCUGCUGGUUAAAUAGGUUGACUGUAAUUGACUACAAAAUUGGGAGAAAUUGGGAUACAUUCUGAUGGAAAUUAUAAUUAAGUAAAGGAAAUGUGGGAACAUACGGCCUAAUUUUUUAAACUAAACUUAGAAAUGAGGGAACAUAAGGCUCCAGGAACAUAGGGAUGAGGGACAUAGACAUGCUUUGAGCCAGAUGUCCCCAUUUCUGCUGGACAGUCCCAGGUUUGAGCCCUAUGUCCCCUGUCCCAGUAGAUUUAUCUAAAACCAGUGAUUUGUCCCAGUUUUAUGCAAGUCUUAUAUGAUCCCUGCCAACUGUAAAGAGAGGCAUAAAUUGUCAUUUGUUUACAGAAAAACUGCUUAAAAUGACUAAAACACAAAGAAAAUGUGACUAUACUGAAUCACAUUAGUACCAAGCGCAUAACAAUUUUCCUUAAUUACGCACUUGUUUCGCAACUUUAUUAUUACCACCAUCCCACAGUCUUGGAAACCCUGGAAAAGUUAUGGCAAGUGAAAAUGUAAUUUUCCAGGCCUGCAAAAGUCAUGGAAUUUUAGUAUCUCUUUCACGCAACUACAGCGUUCUGUUAAGUUAUCUGUUAUGAUUAUUUCCAAACAUAUGCGCCUUUUGUUUAAAAGAGACGACAAUAAAUGCGCUGACAGUAUUUUGAAUGUUAAAAAACUAUAAUACCAAACCAUAAGGUGAGUGGAAAUGGUUCACAUUUCAUAUUUAGUCCUAAAGGUCUGAUCAAUUCUACACAUGUAGGUGCCGUAAUUUCACUUUAGGUCAUGAAAAAGUCAUGGAAAAAUUUUGAAAAUUUGUCAGUGAAAAAGUGUGGGAACCCUGUUAUUAAGAAUGGUGACUUAGUGUCUACUUAAUGAAGGGGUUAGGGUUAUGAGUUAGGGUUAGUGUAGUUAGUAAGCCUGAAUCACUUACAAAUUCAAAAAGCCCACUUUUUACCAAUUUUUUUAGCUAAUUUAUCCUGCUAGCAUACUAAUUGUUGCUGAAUUUGCUGUUACAGAUAACUCCGCUCUCAGCUCUGAAAGUUGUGAAAACUUACCGCUUAUGAACUCAUCGCACUGAAUAAUUGGGAUGCUCGGAAUGCAUGCAAGUCAUCGAGGAAUAACCAUUGCGCGUUUUUUUACUCAGGAACAGCGCUUUUAAAUAAACUAUUUUUCAUUCAGCCUUGUUCAUGUUUUAUUAAGCCUAUUGAAAGUGUAGUUAUUAUGAAGUAUUACCAAUGCAUUUGUUAAAAAUCACGAGACUGGAGGACAUUUUUUAAUACGUUUUGGACACCUUGACAAUUGGUAUUUCGUGUUUUUGUAUCUUCAAAAAGAGCAUCUGUAAAAAGUCCUGUGCAGUACUCAGUAUUCAAUCACAGUCCCUUUGAAUGCGUGGAUUAUCUGUGGUAUGGGAGGACGAGAGGACAGUGGAGAGCUGCAGGCUGCUUCACUUUGGUCAGUGGAGUGUGUUUUUAUAUGGGUGGUAACAUAGGGGUUAGCUUGACUGUUGCACUAAUGUUACAAGAUGUUAGCACAUCAAUGGAACACUGAAGGCAGUCUUAGAUCUGAAAUGGCUUGAAUCCACUGAUGUAUUAUGAAAAACAGGAAACGGGAUUGUCUAAAUAUGUUGUAUGUUUUCAUGUAAAAUUUGUUUUGUUUUUUAAUGUAUCACAAAUUUGCACAUUUCUUCUUUAAAGUGCAUAUGAUAGGUUUGAUUGUUUUUCUAACCAUAGCUUCAUUUGGUGGGAUAGUACCUUUUUUCAUAGUUUUGCAUAAGGUAAUUGUUAGUUUGUGCAGAAAAACUGAACAUUUAAAAUUAUAGUAAAGUCCUAAUACAGAAUCCCUCCAUGUCGUUAAUUCACAAAAUCGACAAACAGGAAAACUAGGCAAGAUUUUUAUUAAAAUCUUAAAUGUGACGUUGACUACAUAUAUGUUUUAUUAAAAUGUGUAGUUUAACCUGUCAUAUGCACUUAAAUUGAAAGUUACGAGUGUAACUAUAGUUCUAUGAAUUCCAGUUGUCCACUAGAAGGCAACUGCGCUUGCUCGACUAGAAUCAUUCAGUGCUUUUGGUGGUCAGUUGGAAUGAAAAGAACUGAUAAAUCUGUGGUAUCUUGAAACUUGAAUUUUCCUACCUUUCUAAACACUAAACAACUUAUUACAAGAUGCCAAAUCAGUCCAAUAAUUGUAUCAUGAAUAGGGAUGGGACAAUAAACCAUAAUAUCGUUUAUCGUGAUAAAAAGAGUCAACAAUAAUUGUGCAUGUUACAUUUUAAAUAAUCGCCAACAAAGAUAAUCACCAUUAUAUCAUCAAAAUAUACCGAAAAAAGCUACUUAUCCAUGAUGAACUCUUCCACAUCAUUGUUGUUUACAUGUUUAACAAAGUACAAUUCUGUAACAGUUGUGGAACCUAUUCAACAUUUUACAAUUAUAAUUAUUCAUAUCCAUAACAUUUUUAAACUUGAAUGAUUCUUGUCAGAUAAUCGGUAAUCAGAAUUAUUUUAGCCAUGAUAAUCUCAGUCUAAAUCUUCAGUAUUGUCCCAUGUCUAAUCAUGAAUAAGGCCAUAAGUCUUGGAUCUUGUGUCAA